UAGCUAUAAAUGGAAGUGGCCUGGGAGAAGUAGAACAUACAUCUGAUUCUGAGAAACUAAUAACACACCUUAAAUUAGCUUGUUUUCAUAUUCACACAGAAAUUAAUUAAACUCCAUUUUUGCUUAUAAUUUGCAUCUAAAGUUGGCAUAAAAAUGGUGAAGAUGGAGAGAAAACCCUCACAAAUUCAAGCUCCCACCUAUGGAAGACUAGUCACUGUUCUUAGCAUCGACGGCGGUGGCAUUCGAGGAAUUAUUCCGGCCGUUAUCCUCGAUUACCUCGAAUCACAACUUCAGGAGUUGGAUGGAGAAGAUGCGAGAUUGGCAGACUACUUCGACGUGAUCUCCGGGACAAGCACCGGCGGCCUUGUGACGGCCAUGUUGACGGCUCCCGACCAGAACGGUCGCCCCCUUUAUGCAGCUAAAGAUAUUAAGCCUUUUUACCUGAAUAACUGUCCCAAGAUUUUCUCACAAAAGGGGGGAUGGUUUGGUAAAACAUGGAAAUUGAUUGGAUCUGUGUUUGGCCCCAAGUACAAUGGCAAGUACCUACAUAGUCUGGUGAAAGAGGAGCUGAAAGAAAUUCGCCUAAAAGACACUCUCACUAACGUUGUUAUUCCUACUUUUGACAUCAAGAGUUUGCAGCCUGUCAUCUUCUCCACUUACGAGGCUAAGAGAUGCCCAAAAAUGGAUCCUUAUUUGUCAGACAUUUGCAUUGGCACUUCAGCCGCUCCGACGUAUCUUCCUGCUCAUCAUUUCCAGAUUGAAGAUCCCAAGCAAGAAACUGAACCUCCCACAGAGUAUAAUCUUAUCGAUGGUGGCGUUGCCGCAAACAAUCCGACAUUGGUAGCCAUAACCCAAGUGACCAAACAGAUUUUCGACAAGAACCCAGACUUCUCCUUCAUCAAGCCCACGGAUUUCGACCGUUUUCUUGUGAUAUCUCUAGGGACAGGAGCCGCCAAAAAUGAGAAAAUGUAUGAUUCUAUACAUGCGGCCAAAUGGGGGAUUCUCAGCUGGUUAUUUCACAAAAGCUCAACGCCAUUGAUCGACGCUUUCUCGCAGGCCAGUGCAGACAUGGUGGAUCUGCAUAACUCCGUGGUUUUCCAGGCUCUCCAUUCUGAAGAUAGUUAUCUCAGAAUUCAAGAUGACAGUUUGGAUGGAACAGUAUCAUCUGUGGACAUAGCCACCCAGGAAAACCUGAAAAAGCUGGUGGAAACUGGGGAAAAUCUGCUGAAGAAGCCAGUUUCCAGGGUAAAUUUAGGGACGGGUGUCAGUGAACCAGUUGCAAAUUCUGGCACAAAUCAAGAUGCUCUCAAAAGGUUCGCAAAGUUAUUAUCAGAUGAAAAGAAACUUAGAGAUCUGAAGUCACCUGUCACCAACAAAAGCUCGACCAAAGUAUUAAUGCAUGCAAUCAACUGAUCAGGAUCCAUGCAUGUUACGUUGCUCUCCUGUACUCAAGCUAGAUGAGAAAAGAAUAUAUAUAUAUAGUGUGACAUAUUAGUCACUUAGCUAGCUAGGUGAUAAUUAUUUAGUAUGUUUAUAUAUAUGGUUAAAAUUUUUGCUCUGCUCUUUCCAUUAAUUAAGUUGUAUUCUUGUAACUAGAUGUACUCUUUAAUUUGUUCAUUUAUAAUAGCAUUAUUUUUUUAACAAAUAAAA